GCAGGUUUUCUAAAACUAUAAACAAAAAGAUUUUAUAUUAAAAAAUUGGUGCAGAUUUUAUUUAAUAUUUAUUAAAAUGGAUAUACACCAUAUAAAUCAAAUGAAUCGAAGAACAGAACAGCUAGAAUACGACCAUCCAAAGUUGUCUGCCGUAAUGUCUCAUCUCAAACAUGAGUUUGCCUCCUACAAAUACACUGUCUACCGGUGCGCCUCUAAAAUAGUUACUUUACAAAAAGUCUUCUAUACCUCUAGCAUUCCCUACAAAUUGAUUCUGGCCGUUCUGGAGAGAUAUAACAUCACCCAAGUCGAUCCAAACUAUAUGGUUCCACCAUUUCAGCUUACUUCCUUGAUCCAUGACAUGUAUUUCGCAUGUGAAAAACUGGGACAUUUCACAAAAUCUGUUUCUUAUAAUUUGGAAACAGCAACUGCUGUUUUGUCUGAUUUCUUUUGGAAUAUAUUUGAUCCGCACAGACGACAUUCGAUUUCCCCAAUAGAAAUAAAAUUAACAUUUCUGUUGUUGUGUAAAAUACACUCUUCGGAGCAAUUGGUUGAUGAAUUCUUUCAACUGGUCCGGGACCAAAAUGAUUAUGUGACAAAAUAUUCUAUGAAAUAUUUGCUAGUGAUUUUAUCCAAAAUCAUGACAUAUCUCGAAGAGGGAACCGCAUAUGGUGAGCACAAUAUACCAACUGUAUUGGAUCAAUGUUUUUCAAGAUGCCAAAGCAUUAAAGGGAUAAGUCAAUACCAAUUCCACUGUCUGUGGUCAACAUCACAGACUCGAUUCUUAAUCUAUGCCAAUCUUAUUGCUCUGGUUAAACGCAUUGAAGACACCGAAAAACUAAUUCACAGCAAUGUAUGUGCGUCAUGUCAAUCGGAGAAGAUCAUAGGAAUACGCUUCAAAUGCCAAACAUGUAAAAAUUUGUCUCUAUGCAUGAGAUGUUUUGCUACUGGUUUCGCAUCAAAUAAGCACGAAAACGGCCAUCGAAUGUAUGAAGUAUUUACAGAAGAUCUUCCACCAAAAAAGUUUUCCCAUUACUUUGCCAAAUUGUGCAACAUCUUCUUCCAAAGAACCCACGAAGAAUCAACUGGCUUUUGUAAUACCAACGAUGCUAGCACAGUCAAUGAAACCGAACUUGUGACAAUCGAGACAAAGCUAUCUGAUUCGACAGCAAUGCCCCAAACCAAAACCGAUUCAACAAUUAGAGAUUACUUAAAAAACGACUAUUCGUUUCAACAUUCCCAAGUGAGUUCAUCAAGUUCAUCAUCAAUACAUCCGUCCAAUAAACUACAAUCCAUAAUUGAUAAGCUCCUUCAACAGAAUGCAAAAAUCGAAAUGCAAUUAAAGUGCAUACAAACAUCUUCCACAGCUGAUAUUACGAACUUUCUUAAUGCACACCAAGAAUUCCUUGUGGGUAUUAUAAAUGAGAUGAGAAGUUUCACAAGUAGUGCAAGUAUAUCGUAUCCAACAUCAAGUACACCUAAUCGCACUGCAUUUGCUAAAAAAGCUGCCGCAGAACUACAAUCUCAAAACCUUUCUAGAUCGUUGCACGGAGCUGAUAUAAAUCGCAGCUACUUGGACGCCAACAAAUCUGAUUAUUCAGUCUCGGAUUUAAGUGGAUGGUUUUAUCAGAAAAAAAUGUCCACACCAUAUACAGGACUAGCUGCUGUCACAGAAGACGAUGGCAGGGAUACCGAAAUGUUAAACUUUAAAUUACUUUUACAUAAGGUUAAGGAAAUUGUGGAUGAUUCCUAUAGUGAUAAUACAGAACUUGCUGAAGCUACACAGAAUUUAGAAAAUGCUUUGGAUAACAUAAUACUGGAUGAAGAAAGACGUUUACGAAAUUGUACCUAAGAUAUAUGAGUUGUUUGUUAUGGUUAUAAGACUUAUAUUAAAUUUAUUUACAACAUGGAUUACAAAAACACUAUUUUUAAAUAAACAUUAUUUUUCCAACUAA